AUGCCCAAGCUCUCCGAGAGUAGCUUUGGGGUACCUCAAACUGUGCCAGGUCUGAACGGUUCGCCUUUCGUCUCGGAUCUCGAAAAACUCCCCUAUACAAACUCCCUCCAUCAUAACCUGCUGCAUGGAUACCGACCGGAGUUGCAGAGGUGCGAGCUUGGCCAGCAGGCGACAGCUUUGAUGGCUCUCGAGCCAAGGCAACGAAUUUGCUUUUACCCGGGCAAAAUCCACGGUGGUUACCAGGCAUUCCUUUUGGACCAGUUGUUUGCAGACUGCUGCAAGCCUGCCGUCACGGCCAAUUUGUCAGUGGACUUUAAGCGUCCAAUCCAACCCAAUUCUAGACUAAUUCUCCACGUGUGGCCUGUGAAAAUCGAAGGUCGCAAAAUUUUUAUGGAGGGAUCAAUUCAGGUCGACGACCAGUUGGGUGAGAGGCUGCUCUGUGCCAGUGCCUCUGCGCUCUUCAUUGUCCCCCGCUGCUAG